UAGCAGGUGACCUGAGUCAGGAAUGCAGGCAGGCAGCAUCAUGUCUUUAAACAAACGCUGCCUGUUUUCUCCAAAAUUCGUGUCCUUUGUAAACAUUAUUAUCCAGCCGCUUCAGACCCUGAGUUGAAUGUAAACCCUCAAGUAAAACAUUUAGGAUUGACUGUGGUUGUACACGGUUGCCUGCACCAGUAACUCCUUGGACGGCUGUUCCUGACUUCAGACGAGAGGGUUCUUCCAUGAGAGUAAGCCCGAACCUGUGAGCUAAUGUCUGGAAUCUUCGGGCUAAUUCCGUUGACCUCUGUCCUCUUAGACGCUUGCAGACUCCCCUCGCAUGGGUCUGCUGCAAAGAAUUCCCCCGCGGGUGGUACAGGCUUAUGUUGAGUCAAGAGACAGCCUUCCUAACCAAGGACAUUGACCGUGGAUGUGGUAGAGGUGGUGCAGGGGCCAGUCCACUGCGUCUCUCUUGACCUGGAUCAGUGACGGGGUGUGUGGGAAUAUAGCUGUUACUUCCUUGAUGCUCGGUGGGUGUUGUCUUAGGCUCCAGACCACAUCUUCCUUGUGUAAUAUCGUCAUCUGCAUGCAUCAUAUUUAUCAACGAUCCACUGUAGGACAGGCCCAGAAUGAGAGAAAAAUCUAUACACACCGUGAUUUCUGCCUCUGAGGAAAUGACCCUUUAAGAGUAGAGAAGUCGAAACCACACACACACACACACACACACACACACACACACACAUGCACACACGCACACACACACACACAUUGAAUUGUUUCAUGGGAUAAGUGCCUCUGGCCUUUAGCUUCCUUCUUAUGGAAGAUAAUAACAAUGGGAGAUAAGAAAGCUGACCCUACUGGCAGGAACAAAGAGAUCACUGUUCGAUGUUUUGAAAACAGCCCUGCAUGAAAAUGCAUAUUUGGCUCAAGACUCACCUGACUGAAGGCUCCCUGGGUUUGUUGUUGUUGCUUUUGUUGUCGUUUUUAAUUAAAUUUGCACUCAGAGUCCUGGAGUUUCUUCUCCAAAGACCAACCCUGCAGGUUCUCUUGACCUUUCCUCCUCUCAGGUGGCUCUUUCCUGUAGUUCGCCCGUGGAGCAUGCGCACAGUGACUGUCUGUAGUGUCCAGAAGAUGGUGCUGCUGGAGGGAAGGUCUAGGGGAGUCUUACCCUACGGAAAGAUGGGGAGGUUACGAGUCUCGUUGGUCAUGUCAGCCAUACUUGACCUAUUCACCAUAACUGUUUUGACAUUCAUUCUUCAAGGGACAUUCCAGUCUUGAACCCAACUGUUGCCUGGCUCCUACCUGGCUGAGAGCUGCUCUCUUCACUCUCCUGGGCAUGGAAGAAAUGAGGCAAUUGUUCUGCAUUGCUCCCUGAGGGACCCAUUGCUUUUCUAUUAUGCUCCAAGCAAUCUGCUAAAGAAACAACAUUCUCCUGGGCGCUCGUGCCCAGAAAUCUUCUUUACAUAUUUCCUUUAUUCCUGGACAUUUAUUAUCUCUCUGUACAAACGCUUGACCCCUCCCGUGGCUCUUGGCACAUUUGAAGUCCUGAGAUCCUUUUGUUUUGUUUUGCUGCUUUGCCUCUGAUCAAGAAAGGUUGGUCCCAAAGUUGACUCUGUAACCAUGUUGAAUUUUAUGUCAUUCAGUAUUUAUUGAGCAUCUAUUGUGUUCUAGGCACUAUGGUGAGGCUAUAAUAGAGAACAAGACCAGUAGACUUCUGCCUUCAAGAAGUUCCUGGUUUAGUGAAGAGAAAAGAGACAAGAAAACAGGAGCUUAUGGGUGAUAUCUGAGAUGACAUUUAAGGAUAACUUAGCUGGGCAAAGGGGACAAGGAUUAGGGGUAGGGCUAUUUACUGGCAAGGUAGCUACAGAAUAUGGCCAUUUGAAGGUGCGAUUUCAUCUGCGGGGGGUUGUAUUAGGAUUGUAGCUGAUGGCAGGUAUCAGAAAAUUGAAGUUACAUUGGUUUCACUUUGUAAAAGUUUUAUUUUUCUUAUAUAACAGAAAGUAUGGGUGUAGGAAGUCCAUGAUUUGUAUGAUGUUAUCAUGAUGCCAUCAAUAAUCCAGGCUCUUUCGGCUUUGUGGAUUAGCUUUCAGCCUCAACUUGUCACCUCUUGGUUUCCAAACGGCUGCCCAAUCGCCAACAUCACAUCCAAGUUCCAGGCAGAAAUAACCAGCUAGGAAGAACCAGGCAGGGAGGGCAAAUUGACAAUAUGCAUACUGAGACUUUUCCUUUAAAAAGCUUUCUGGGAUGCCUCACCCAGUAAUUUCUGCUUAUGCCUCAUUAGCCAGUAUUGCGUUGUAUGGCCACCCAUCUGUGAGACAGGCUAAAGUGCAUUACCACCGUGAGCUAAAUGUGGGCCCUGUGAAAAGGAAGAAGAGAAGGUGAGAUACUGGAUAGGCAACCAGCAGUUUUUGCAGUAGUGACAUAGACAACCUCAAAAAAUAAUUCCUUUGUUUUUAUAUUGCAUUCCUUUCCAUUAAUGGAUUUUAUUCUCUUGAAAUGCAAGGAGGUAAAAGGGCAGACAUCCUUCUUUUGUCACAGAGACUUGGAGGAACAAUCUGACAUGUCCAAGGUCAUCAGAAAUACAAUCUUGCACACUAUGAAACCCACAGCAUUUAUUAUUUUCCAGGCUGUUCAGGAGCUGUGAUCUAUACAGCAGAUCCCGGACACUCCAGAAAAGCAUGUCCCAGGACUCUGUGAAACUCCAUAUUCAGGAACAGACUGUAACAUUUCAUGCCCCUAAUAGUGCAGAAGGGAAGAAAGGACGAGAAGAACAAAGCCUCUGGGAGGUGGGCGCUGAGCUGCCAGCAAGGCUCAUUCACUGCUAUUAGUGGUUAUUAAUAACAAUUUUCAUAACAGUAGCUAACGCUCAUUGAGCCCUUUGUUCUUUAUAGGCAUUAUCUCAUUCCACCUUCAUAACAGCACUAUGAGUUAAGCACUCUUUUUAUUGACUUUCUUUUACAGAGGAAGAUACAGCGGUUCAGAGAGGUUGAACAACAUGCCCAGUGUCACACAGCCAUCACGUGGCAGAGCUAGGGUUCAAAGUCAUCUGUUUGACUCCAGGAACUAAAUGCCAAACCUAACUUCCGUUUUACUGCUAUUUCAUGGUACUUCCUUCUCACCAGCCCUGACUCACUCUUGCAUACCAGACUGACAGGGAAUGGAAUUCAAAUUAGAGUCUCAGCAAAACUAUAAAUUAAUACAGGUCCUGCUUUACCGAGAUUGCUUAUCUCUGAUCUCAACUGUAGCAGUUAAACCUGUACAUUCGAAGGAUCUACUAUAUGUAAACUCUUUCAGUCCUGCCUCAAGUAAAUGCACCUUCUCUGAGGGCAAACCCCCGCUUACUACAUAGCUCAUUGCACUUGGUCUCUUUCCGCAGACUCUUCCCUGGUCUCUUUCCCGUCGAGUCUAGUUUGCUGUAAUUGCUUGGUUGCAUUAGUGGAACAAUCCUUUUAAGCCGUUUCUGUUAAGAUUUAGGCCUUGAGUUGCAAGGUCCACAUGGAUUUUAGACUUCUUGAAGAUGGGGUAGAAGGAGAGGAGUCCCGGGGGCUUCUGGCACAUCACGGGGGUUAGGCAUGCUAGAAGUCCUGUUAAGACUGAUAGCAUAGGCUGGAAUCACAGAUCUUAAAGCUAGAAGCAAUGAUGUCCAGCGCCUGCUGGACCCAGCAGGUAAGGCAUGAAUAGAGCUCCAUUUCAGAGAUGACAUAGCUGAGGCUCGGGAGGUUAAAUGAAAUGCCCAGGGUCCUACAACUAGCGACAGAGCUUAGUUCAGCCACUCAGGGGAGGAGGAGGAACGGAGUGACUUCUCUCGUGGUGGAACAGGAAUUUGUGCAUCAUUUGGACAGAAUCUUACGUCUGUCUAUCAAGGCUCUUUAUUCUCAAAGAGAACGACGCAGUCUAUUCUUGUAAAGGGCCAGUUGUCCAAAUUAGUGGAGAAGCCAUCACUUUGCUCACAUCUGCCAGCGUAGUCGGGACAGGGAGAGGUAAAAUAUCUGCCUAUUCUAAAUACGCAUCGAGACGUGGAGUUGGUUCAUGAUUAACCCUCGUCUGUCUCAAUGUCUGAAGACUCACUUGGAGCUCAGAUCCCCAGGCUGUGUUCCAAGGAUGCUGAUUUCUUACAGUGUCUUCCUCUAGCAGACUGUGGGACAGCUUUUGAUGAUUUGCGCAUCCACACCGCGGGGUCUGACUGUGCCAUGCUCCUGCCCUCUUCCAACACAGUUCAGCUUCCAGCCCAUCUGCUCCCGGCCGGUGAUGUAAACGUACCAGCUGCUUCCCAAGAACCAGUCGGCAUCCUGCAGGAGGGGCAGGUCCCUUUCCCGGGCAUCAGCCUGCUUGCUCUCAGCCUGAGCCCUCUUGCCAACCAUGGUGGGUCCCUCCGGUCUCCUAUCUCCCCAUCCGAGAAGCAGAGGGCACAAUCCUCUUACGAGCCCAUGAUUUAUCAGCGUGGCUCCAUCUAAGGGCUCCAAAUCAGGUGCCAUUGUGGGGAUAUGGCAAGGUUUGUUUAAGGGAACUGAGCUGGGCUGGGCCCCUGCAGCGGACAGAGACAAGGUGGCCAGGAAGAAAGCAGCACCCUGCUCGGAAAAUGAAGGCGCUUCUGCUGCUGGUUCUGCCGUGGCUCAGCCCCGCCAACUACAUUGAUAAUGUGGGCAAUCUGCACUUCCUGUACUCAGAACUCUGUAAAGGCGCUUCCCACUACGGCCUGACCAAAGACAGGAAGAGGCGCUCUCAAGAUGGCUGCCCGGAUGGCUGUGCGAGCCUCACGGCAACAGCACUCUCCCCAGAAGUCUCUGCAGCUGCCACCGUCUCCUUAAUGACAAACGAGCCUGGCCUAGACAACCCUGCCUACGUGUCCACGGCCGAGGAUGGUCAGCCAGCAGACGGCCCACUGGACUCUGGCCGGAGCAACCGAACUAGGGCACGGCCUUUUGAGCGAUCCACUAUCAGGAGCAGAUCUUUUAAAAAAAUAAAUCGAGCUUUGAGUGUUCUUCGAAGGACAAAGAGUGGAAGUGUAGUUGCCAACCAAGCUGACCAGGGCAGAGAAAAUUCCGAAGACACCGCUGCCUCCGAGGUCUUUCCAAGGUUGUAUCACCUGAUUCCAGAUGGUGAAAUUACGAGCGUCAAGAUCAAUCGAGUGGAUCCCAACGAAAGCCUCUCCAUUAGGCUUGUGGGAGGCAGCGAAACCCCACUGGUCCACAUCAUUAUCCAGCACAUUUACCGUGAUGGGGUGAUUGCCAGGGACGGCCGGCUCCUGCCAGGAGACAUCAUCCUGAAGGUCAAUGGCAUGGACAUCAGCAACGUCCCUCACAACUACGCCCUUCGCCUCCUGCGGCAGCCCUGUCGCGUGCUGCGGCUCACUGUGCUGCGAGAGCAGAAGUUCCAAAGCAGGAGCAAUGGACAGGCACUGGAUGCCUAUGGACCCCGCGAUGACAGUUUCCAUGUGAUUCUCCACAAAAGCAGCCCUGAGGAGCAGCUUGGAAUAAAACUGGUGCGCAGGGUGGAUGAGCCCGGGGUUUUCAUCUUCAAUGUGUUGGAUGGUGGGGUAGCGGACCGACAUGGUCAGCUGGAGGAGAACGACCGUGUGUUGGCCAUCAAUGGACAUGACCUUCGGUACGGCAGUCCCGAAAGUGCAGCUCAUCUGAUUCAGGCCAGUGAAAGGCGCGUUCACCUCGUCGUGUCCCGCCAGGUUCGGCUGCAGAGUCCUGACAUCUUUCAGGAAGCCAGCUGGGACAGCAACGGGAGCCAGUCCCCGGGGCCGGGGGACAGGAGCAAUACUCCCAAGCCCCUCCAUCCUGUGGUCACUUGCCACGAGAAGGUGGUAAGUGUCCGAAAAGACCCCAGUGAAUCUCUCGGCAUGACCGUUGCAGGGGGAGCAUCACAUAGGGAAUGGGAUUUGCCUAUCUAUGUCAUCAGUGUGGAGCCCGGAGGAGUCAUAAGCAGAGAUGGAAGAAUAAAAACAGGUGACAUUUUGUUAAACGUGAACGGGAUUGAACUAACAGAGGUCAGCCGGAGUGAGGCAGUUGCAUUAUUGAAAAGCACAUCCUCCUUGGUGGUCCUGAAAGCUUUGGAAGUCAAAGAACGUGAACCCGAGGAAGCGAGCAGCAGCCCAGCAGCCCUGGACUCCAACCACAACGUAGCCCCGGCCAGAGACUGGUCCCCGUCCUGGAUCAUGUGGCUGGAAUUACCACGGUACCUAUAUAACUGUAAAGAUGUCAUAUUACGAAGAAACACAGCUGGGAGUCUGGGCUUCUGCAUUGUAGGAGGUUAUGAAGAAUACAUUGGGGACAAACCUUUUUUUAUUAAGUCCAUUGUUGAAGGAACACCAGCAUACAAUGAUGGAAGAAUUAGAUGUGGUGACAUUCUUCUGGCUGUCAACGGUAGAAGUACAUCAGGAAUGAUUCAUGCUUGCUUGGCAAGGAUGCUGAAGGAACUUAAAGGAAAAAUUACUCUUACCAUUGUUUCUUGGCCUGGCACUUUUUUAUAGAACCAAUGAUGGGUUGUAGGAAAACAGAAAACCACAAAUAAGCUAAGUUGAAACAAUAUAUUUAUCUUGUCAAUUUUUAUAUCUAAAGGAUAGACUGUAAAAAUGUAAACUAAUGUCAGGAAAGUGUGAUCUGAUGAAAGUCCAUUACACGUCCGAAAAUGUAAUUCUCAAAAUAUAAACAUUAGUAAUAGUUCUUAUUCAGCGUGGAGGAUUUCACAUUACAACUCUGUUUAUAUUUUUCUAUUCAUUAAAAAGCUCUUACAUGGCUGAGAUAAUUUGUAUGCCCCCACUGAAUUCAAAUCCUAUAAUUAAAAAUUUGGUAUAUGCUGAGGCGUGUAAAGUGUACAUUAUGGACAUUUAAAAACCAAUUUACAGCCAGAGGAUUUUAAAAGUGCACUGGUGAAGAAACUGUUCAUCAAAUGAGAAAUAAAUAUUUUUCAAAUUAUAAUUGUCUUUUAGUAUGUGAUACUAAGUUCAUUUCUACUACCACUACUCACAGGAUCCUAGUAACGGAUUCUCUCAAAACCAUGUUGUUACCAUGACUGACAAAUACAUCCUAAGGCUUAUCCCUAAAAAUGCUCACAGACUGUUAUAAACCUGUAUUCUUAGAUUUAAUAGGAAAUGACUAAUGCAAAGCUCUUGUCUUUUCAUUCACAAUUAGCUAGUAACUAUGUAAAAACUCCACGUGCUGCUCAACCAAUGAGCCUUGGAAAAAGCAUCAAGAAAGGCCAAACCAGCUUGACCCUGGCUCCUGCAGAUAGCCGUGAAGCAGUUCAACUUUGUGUCACAGUGACGGGUAUCUGUCCACGUGCCUGCUCUAGAAACUACACUUCGGGCAGGUUAUUUCAGACACCACCCAAAGGCCUGUAGAUUUUACUAAUUUGGAUAUAAAAGUUCCUCAUUUAGUUCCACUGAAAACCCAUCAAAAAGUUGUGAUAGCAAGACCGUGUCUUGAGGUCUUCAGCCGCAGCAGUGCUGACAAAGACUGCCCUUAACUUUUAGACUCAGAGGUGCCUGUUGUAACGCCAUCUCUUAAGAGACUGGUAUUUGAUUAACUCAAGAAAAUGAUGGCCAAGGUGGAACCCUGACCAUCAGAUACUGUGUGUGUACACAGCUCUUUAAAAUUCCCUGCUGAGUGACUCAUUCACAUUACUUUCUUGGAUACAAAGUCAUUGCUGUCUUUAUUUUUUUUUAAAUAUUACAAGACAAAGAUUUUUAACUUAACAUGAAAAAUUCACUCUUUUAUUUUGAGAAAAAGUUAACUUUUCAUACUAACAGAACAAGAUUAAAGGUAAAUUUCUUAAACAUCAUCCAGAAAAAUAACAAGAUUUAUGGUACACUUCUGGCCCUGACAGACACACAAGGCCUUAGCCACGCCUAUUCGGCAGGUGCAGCUUCGGUGCUCUCCUGUUCGGGGGCAGGCUCACUGCCAGCUUCCUUUCCUUCUUUGCUUCUUUUAGAUUUUUUGUGCUUGUGUCUCCUGUGACUGUCUCCUUCUUCACUUUCAUGGCGACGUCUACUAUUACUGAAGGAAAAAAAGGUGUGUUCUUAAGUAG